AGUUAGUUGACGCUUAGCCGCGUUCAAGGAAGGUCGUGUCAAUCAUUAUUAACGGUCACCCGUUUGACCUAAGUAAACAUCGAAUAUAUCGCGCGAUAAAAACAAUAAAAUUUAUCAGGGAAACGUUAUUGGCUAAUAUUUGCGCGACUGUCCAAGUCACAUAGUGGCCGAAAGAGUUCUAGUUACGACUGAUAACAAUUAAUCCAGUGUUUAAUUGGAAUAAAUUCGAUUACCUGCUGACUUAAAUCGUGUUUAUCGAAUGGCGCUAUCAAUCGCCGAAUAGUGACCCGUCGUUCAGUGCCUGAUAAAAGUUGAGAGUGGUUACACUUGUGUGGCGUGUGCCGGAAGAUGCCAGUGCUCGGUGAGAUGGCGGCAUCCCAAGAUAUUUGCGGCAGGUAUUACCCAGCACCGGAAUAUAUGCUGCCGGGACCGUAUAUGUGGGAGAAACAUAUCAAUCACCCGUACGCUAUGCCCUUGACUAGACUGCCUAAUGAAGAUGCACAAUGCAUCAACACAACGCAAACUUACAAUACAGAUAGUGACAUGCAGCUAGAGACCAGCAGUAGCGAAGCGAGCGCAGCCAGUUCCACGACGUUGUCCCAGCACUGCGCGAUAUGUGGCGACCGCGCCACCGGCAAGCAUUACGGGGCCUCUUCAUGCGACGGCUGCAAGGGCUUCUUCAGACGGAGCGUUCGAAAGAAUCAUUUAUACACAUGCAGGUUUAGCAGAAAUUGCGUUGUUGAUAAGGACAAAAGAAAUCAAUGCAGAUACUGUAGACUUAGAAAAUGUUUCAAGGCCGGCAUGAAAAAGGAAGCCGUACAGAACGAACGAGACCGUAUAAAUUGCAGACGGCCGUCGUACGAGGAACCCACACAAGCCAAUGGACUCUCCGUAGUGUCGCUUCUCAACGCUGAAUUACUAAGCAGGAAGGUUAUUGAUGAGACGAACAACGUGUCGGACGCAGAAAUCAAUAACAGAAAGCUGGCGAAGAUAAACGACGUCUGCGAUUCCAUCAAACAACAGCUGCUCAUACUCGUGGAGUGGGCCAAGUACAUCCCCGCCUUCACGGAGCUACACCUGGACGAUCAGGUGGCGCUGCUGCGCGCGCACGCGGGCGAGCACCUGCUGCUCGGCUGCGCGCGCCGCUCGCUGCACCUCAGCGACGUGCUGCUGCUCGGGAACAACUGCAUCAUCGCCAAGCACAACAUCGAUGGCAGAAUGGAUAUAGACAUCAGUAUGAUCGGUAUCCGAGUGAUGGACGAGAUCGUGAAGCCGCUGCGGGAGAUCGACAUCGAUGACACCGAAUUUGCGUGUCUGAAAGCCAUCGUUUUCUUCGAUCCUAACGCGAAAGGUCUCUCCCAACCGCAGAAGAUCAAGCAACUGCGCUACCAGAUCCAGAUCAACCUGGAGGACUACAUCAGUGACCGGCAGUACGACGGUCGCGGUCGGUUCGGUGAGCUGCUGCUGUGCCUGCCGCCGCUGCAGAGCAUCACGUGGCAGAUGAUCGAACAGAUACAGUUCGCCAAGCUCUUCGGGGUCGCGCACGUCGACAGCCUGCUGCAGGAGAUGUUGCUAGGAGGUGCAUCGACAGAGGCGACGCUGGAGGAGAGCGCGGCGGAGGGCGCGGGGGGCGCGGGGGCCCCGGGGGGCCCGGCCGGCGCGCUGGGGGCCGCGCUGCCGCCGCCCACGCUCUUCGACGACACGCCUUUUAAGCAGGAGCCCGACAUGAGCCCUGAACAUCCUUCGAGACUCAUGAAGACGUCUGACAUAACAUUGUUAUAGUUGAGUAACGAAGACAUGGACGGCUUUACUGUUACUGUUAUUGGAAUAUUAAAAUUAAAACAUAUAUAUUUAUAUAAAGAUUAUUAUACAAUUUAUCAAUUACAUAGUAUAUGUAAAAUAUUUUGUAUAACAUACAUAUAUCUUAAAAUCAAGGCGCAAAAUAGUAUGAAAAUGUAUGCAGGCAGCUGUAGAAGCCAUGCGUUUAUACAAUAUUGAUACGCGUAGGUUAAAUAUAUUUUAAGUGGACUGUACGACAUUAUAUAUUUUGAUGUAAAUUUAAAAUUUACGAUAUUCUAACGAAAGCCAAAUUUUCUAUGUAAUAUAUUAUAUUAUUAAGUGUAAGACCAAAAUAUUAAGUGCAAUUAUUUUGAAUAGAUUUUGGUGAAACUUUACGAUUUUAAACAAGCGAAAUAAUGACUAGCGUAACUUCUUAAGUAAAUACUGAAAACCAUUUGUAAAUAUUACAUAAGCUUCCAUCAAUGACACAUCGUAUCGACUUAUUAAAUGUAGGUGAUCGAGGUUUUUCGAAAUUAAUUUGUUUAAAUGACUAUUGGUUAUGUUUUAAAUUUAGUUACCAUUAUUUAUAAAGUAGGUGACGGUUGUAAAUUUGUUGCGUACUAUUCAAAAACGUUUGCAUGCUUUUGUUAAAACUUGCCUUCGAUAUAGGAAGAAUGAAUUUGAUUAUAUAUAUAUUUAUCUCAUAAUAUAGGAAUAGAUCUACUUUUUUACCUACUAAUGUUUGUAGUAGACUGAACUAAAAACGUAAAAAUCGUUUAUUUAUACGUCUUCUAGUUGAUUUUAUAUUUGUACCACUGUUAAUGCUCAAUGUAUUCUUGAUUUCGGAUAGGGCGGUAUCACAUUAAGCCAAAUGGUGAAAGCUAUAUUAUUAGGUAGUUAAUCGGUUUGUCUGUAGACUUACAGCUAUGUGUAAUAGGUGCCUUAUUUUCCUAGAGGUGUAUUGUUGUUGUACAUACCAUGUUAUGAAUUUAGAUUAUAUUUUAAAAUUAAAUAAUCUGUUACAAA